AUCAUCCCAUAUUCAAGACAAGAAAUCAAUCCACUGAUGAAAGAAAACGGACCAAUCAUGAUGCGUUAAAGAAGUUUUAGCUCUUCGGGCUGUAUUGUAACUCUGCAAAGGUUGAAGCACAGCAAUCAGCGUCACAAAAAAUACUUCUGUUUUGCGGGAGGAAAAUCUGUCCUACAAAGUGCUAAGGCGUUUUAAUUGAAAGGCACUGAUCCGUGUCUUGACGCACUGCCCAGGACUGUUUGUGUGCUUAAAAUGGACUUGGAAGACCUUCCGUGGAGGAUGCAAGGGAGCUAACGUUUGGAAACGACACAGAGACAAAACGAGAACAGUUGAGACUCCUGGAAAUCUAAUCCCAGCAUGGCCUCGGUUCUGGACAGCGGCUGCUCCAUGGAGCUGAGCGGCUGGAACAGCAGUGUGAGCAGCUCCGGAGCCUCCGUCCCCUGCAACCAGAGCGUCCUGCAGCUCGCCCCUUACUCCCCCGAAGCCACAGCGGCCUUUGCCACCGCCAUAACCUUGAUGGUGCUCUUCACCAUUGUGGGGAACAUCAUGGUCAUCAUCGCUGUCCUCACCAGCCGGUCGCUGCGAGGUCCGCAGAAUCUGUUCUUAGUGUCACUGGCUGCUGCGGACAUUUUAGUGGCCACACUCAUCAUCCCCUUUUCUCUGGCUAAUGAACUUCUUGGUUACUGGUACUUUAAAUCUCUGUGGUGUGAGAUCUACUUGGCGCUGGAUGUGCUGUUCUGCACCUCCUCCAUUGUGCACCUGUGCGCCAUCUCACUGGACCGCUACCUGUCAAUUUCCAGGGUUACUUACGGGCGUCAGCGGACUCCCAAGCGCAUCAAAGCCGCUAUUGUGGUGGUGUGGCUCAUCUCUGCCAUCAUCUCCUUCCCUCCCUUGCUCUCACUGAACAAAAGCGAGGCAGGGGAGCUGGGAACUGAGAGGGGGCCACAGUGCCAGCUGAAUGAUGAACGCUGGUACAUCCUUUACUCCACCAUCGGCUCCUUCUUUGCCCCAUGCCUCAUCAUGAUCCUGGUCUACAUAAGAAUCUACCAAAUAGCCAAACAGAGAACACGCUGCCCACCAGGAGAGCCCAGGAAGGAUGGGGUCGGCUGUGCCACACCGAGUCAGCCUCCACGGCAUGUACAGGCCAAUGGGAAGGAUGAGGAAGAAAGCACACCACCUUCAUCCAACAAAACCUCCAAUGCCAGACCCCCCACCCUUGCCAUCACCCCUUCUCCAUCCCUAGGAGAGUCUCAAAUCUCCCAGAAUGCCACAGCCAAUAAUCUCCUGCAACCUCCGUCCACUUCUCCAGCCAUGACCCCUACCACAGCCUCCCUUGAUACCUCUCCCCAUGGCCCCUCAAGCCCCUCCUCUGUGCCUCAGUCUGCCCCUGCCAAGACUAAAGAGAAGGGGAAGAAGGGCAAGCGGCAGACAGGAAAGAAAGCCGACAAUAACAAUGGUGACAGCUCAAGCACAGAGAGCGAUAUGGAGCACAGCCACGGUGGAGGCCGAGGCAGCACCAGCAUGCCAGGGUCACCUGGAGGAGGAGGGGUCCACUCCCCGGCCUCAGUCAAGCGCUACCGGGACAUGCUGGCCACUUCAAAGGGGGCUCGGCUGGUGCCCGGGAGGAAGUCAAAAACGGACAACAACCCUGGAGCAGCGAGGCGUAAAGCUAUGGUCAACAGAGAGAAACGUUUCACCUUUGUUCUGGCAGUGGUCAUCGGCGUGUUUGUGGUGUGUUGGUUCCCAUUCUUCUUCUCCUACUCUCUACAGGCAGUGUGCCCAGAGACCUGCGCCAUCCCCGAUCCACUCUUUAAGUUUUUCUUCUGGAUCGGUUACUGCAACUCCUCACUCAACCCAGUCAUAUACACCAUCUUCAACAAAGACUUCAGAAAGGCCUUCAAAAAGAUACUGUGCGGUGGCACUAAGGGUACUUUCUUUUAA